AUGUCAAAGUGGCUUGUCAAAAUAGGCUGGUCAAAACGGCUUGCCAAAACGGCUUGUCAAAAUCGGCUUGUCAAAACGGCUGGUCAAAUCGGCUGGUCAAAACGGCUUGCCAAAAUGCAGGACGUGUGUCCACUAGAAAGGAAUUCCUUUCCGCUGGAUGACAGCGUGGGGAGGACGAAGGAGAUAGUAAAGCACCUGAAAAAAUGCCCACUAUUUUUAAAGGCGCUCUAUCUACACUACAACCCAUUUUGCUUUCCCAGCAUAAAUGACACCAGUAGCUACUUAAUAGACAAAGAAAACGUCGAAGCAGAGUUGAACAAAUAUCAUGUCGCAUUCAACGAAACCCUGCUCCAUGUCUUAAAAAAAAAAAUAAGUAUCACUAGCUUCGAUCAGUUUCGCACUCUUAAGUAUAAAAUAAUUUUCGAGCACUUUUUAAAUCACGGAGUGGAAGAGUUGCUGUCCAAGUUGGGGGACGAAGACUUUGUGAAAGCGCUGCAGGGAGAGGUAGAGGGAAAGCUAGCAGUGGGAGAAGCAGCGGGGGUAGCAACAGGAGAAGCAGAAAAUGGGGAGAUAAAUGGCGAGAUAAAUGGUGAACGGCCAACGGGGCGGCCAACGGAGGACCCCCCCGAGGGAGAUGAUCCCCAAUUAAGCACUGCCAACCAGUUCCUGGAUGACCACAUCAUCGCAGUGAAGAAGUUAAUGUACCAUUUGAGGGAAAAUCCCCCCCGGGAGAAGGGAAAGGAUCCGUGUGUAAAGGAACACCUGGGGAGAUUAUCCUCUCUUUGCAAAUCAACACGGGUAGAAGAAGGAAACACUUGUGGUGCCGAUGGGGUAGAUACAAAUGGGGAGGGAAGUAACCCCAGGGAGAAAAAACACCCACUCCCCAUUCUCACCCUCCAAAGCAUUGGGAACAUCCACAAGUAUCGACUCUGCCAGGAUCUCCUGCAAUUUAUCGACAAGGAGGUAUUCCCCGUGAGGAGAAAAAAUGAAGAGGAAAACUCUGACAAGGUAGAUAGCACCACGGAGGAACAACCGAUUGGGAAGGAAAACUCUGACAAGGCAGAUACCACCACGGAGGAACAACCGAUUGGGAAGGAAAACCUCGAUAGGGACGAAAUUAUGAGCAUCGUCAUCUACACAGUCAUCUACCUUUGCUGCAAAAUGAGCAUUAUCAAAAGAUUAAAGAAUAAAAAUUUUCAUCACAAAAAUUACCUGAACAGUUCAGGUGAAAAAUCGAUAUUUUUUUUUUUGGAAAAUUUAGACAAACAUGACUUACAAAAUGUAAACAUGAUGUUUUUGCUUCUCCAUUUUAACAAUAAUUUGUUGGGGAUCUUCGAACGUAUGUUUAAUCAGCAGGGAGGAUGGAAUGGAAGGGGGGGAGGGACCUCCCUGAGGGACUACCUGUUUAUCGAGUUGGGUGCCGGGAAAGCCAACACGACUCGAUGGGUCAAAUUUAUUAUGGACGAUUUGGUGGAGAUUUUGGAGAGGUUCUUUUCUCGCGGGGGGCAGAGGGGGGAAGGAGGCGUCGCGGGAAGGGCAGCCCUGACCGGAGUAGAAGGGGGCAUCCACGCGGAGGAGCGAACAGCGAACGCGAUCGAGCCGUCACGCGAACCGGGCGAACCGGGAGAACCACGUGAACGGCACGAACCGGGCGAACGGCACGAACCACCCGAACCACGGGAGAGGUGCAAACUUCUAAUCAUCGAGAGGGAAUCACUGAGGAACAAAAAGGAAAAAAACUUCCUUAUGCAAAUGGCCCAAGGGAAGAACCAACAUCUACUCAGAGUGAAGGCAGACAUCUCAGACUUCCAUCUGUCGAAAUUUAUUUACUUUUCAGAAAAUGGCUUCAAAGGGGAUGGAAGAAGUCCCUCCGUGCUCAUUCCUGACAUUAUUCAGUUUUACUACUACAAGGGGGUGUACAGUUGGAGGGGGGGGUUCCCCUCAGGGGGUAGCAUUGGAGGGGGUCUUCCCAUGACGGAUCACCUGAGGGAUGAAGAACGAGACAGGGGGUUGCUCCCCCUAAGGGGAGAUCAGAUGGAUGACCCACUGAGAAGGGACAAGCGGCCUAACGAUGGAGCUGCCCCGAUAACGGAAGCGUUCCUUCGAAACAACCUAUCGCAGCUGGGCACCUACUUCGACGUGCACGUAAAGAAGCUCCUCUCCUUUUUGACCCAGGGCAAUAACAACCUGUUGAGAAACUUCGACUGCAAAAAGGUGACCUUUCUGACGAAGCACUUGUGUGGUAAUGGCACCGACUUGGCUCUUAGAAUGCUCGUGAACAACACCAAGAACAGGGACAAAGAAAAUUAUUUUAUCCUCGCCCCGUGCUGUCACCAUAGAUGUGACGUGCAGAAAAUUUUGGGCUUUAAGCUUUUAAAGGAGUUGGGCAUCCAUCAGGGGCACCUGCAACACGUCGUCAGGCACAUGUCCGGCUACGCCUCCUGUGAUAACCAGGCGAAGAAGACCAUCGGCAAGAAAGUGAAGCUUCUGGUGGAUCUCGCCAGGAUCCUGCACCUACUGGACGAGGGACUACAACACGUGUACCUCAUCAAAUAUGUUAGUCGAAGUAUAACGAUAGAGAAUUACGCCAUAGUCUUUUUUAACCAUCGCAAGUUGGACUUGCGCAAUUUCAGGCACUUCUGA